AUGACAUCGCAGUGCCACACGUCUCAACUUCACUGUCGACACAGUAUAUUAUCUGGUCAUUCAACAAAAUGGCUGAAGUUGCUAUGGAUGCUGUUCCUGGGUUUUAGUCCAGGGUCAUGGGCACAGCAGGGGACCCAGCCCCACUCCAUCAAGAUUGAGGGGGACAUCACCCUGGGUGGACUGUUCCCAGUGCACUCACGGGGCCCUGCUGGUGUGCCAUGUGGGGAGAUCAAGAGGGAGAAAGGGAUCCACCGUAUGGAGGCCAUGCUGUAUGCCCUGGACCAGAUCAACAGUGAUCCUGACCUGCUGCCCAACAUCACACUAGGGGCCAGGAUCCUGGACACCUGCUCCAGGGACACCUAUGCCUUGGAGCAGUCUCUUACCUUUGUCCAGGCUCUCAUCCAGAAGGACAACUCAGAUGUACGCUGCUCCAAUGGUGAGCCACCCAUCAUCGCCAAGCCAGAGAGAGUGGUCGGAGUGAUCGGGGCCUCCGGCAGCUCUGUGUCAAUCAUGGUGGCUAAUGUACUAAGACUCUUUUCGGUCCCCCAGAUCAGUUAUGCCUCCACUGCGCCUGAGCUGAGUGACAAUAGCCGUUAUGAGUUCUUCUCCCGUGUAGUGCCUCCAGACUCCUACCAGGCCCAGGCCAUGGUGGACAUUGUCAAGGCCAUGGGCUGGAAUUACGUGUCCACACUGGCCUCCGAGGGGAACUAUGGAGAGAGCGGAGUUGAUGCCUUCCUCCAGAUAUCUCGAGAGGCAGGAGGGCUGUGUAUUGCUCAAUCCAUUAAGAUUCCCAGAGAGCCCAAACCAGGAGAGUUUGACAAAAUUAUCAAGAGGAUGAUGGAGACAUCUAAUGCUCGUGGUGUCAUCAUUUUCGCAAAUGAGGAUGAUAUCAAACGAGUCUUAGAGGCAGCAAAAAAGGCCAAUCUGACAGGUCAUUUCCUGUUUGUGGGCUCGGAUAGUUGGGGGGCAAAGAGCUCUCCCAUCCUGGACCAAGAGGAUGUGGCUGAAGGAGCUGUCACCAUUCUCCCCAAAAGAGCCUCCAUUGAUGGGUUCGAUCAGUACUUUUCCUCAAGAUCUCUAGAAAACAACAGAAGGAACAUCUGGUUUGCUGAAUUCUGGGAGGAUGAUUUCAAAUGUAAACUGACUCGACCAGGUAUCAAGUAUGACACUGGGAAAAGAAAAUGUACAGGUGAGGAAAGAAUCAGUCGAGACUCUCAGUACGAGCAGGAGGGGAAAGUGCAGUUUGUGAUUGACGCGGUGUAUGCCAUGGCCCACGCCUUGCACAGCAUGCACAUUGACCUCUGCCCUGGCUACAUGGGCGUAUGUGAAAAGAUGGACCCAGUAGAAGGAAGAAUGCUGCUCCAGUACAUACGCUCAGUCAGCUUCAAUGGCAGUGCAGGAACUGGGGUCAUGUUCAAUGAGAAUGGGGAUGCUCCUGGGCGUUAUGAUAUAUUCCAAUAUCAACUCUCCAACACCACCAACCCUGGUUAUAGGGUCAUUGGCCAGUGGACCAAUCAUCUCCGACUCAAUGCAGAGGAGAUGCAGUGGUCUGGGGGGGACCGUCAGAUCCCUGACUCUGUAUGUAGUUUUCCCUGUGAACCUGGAGAGAGGAAGAAGAUGGUGAAAGGAGUGCCCUGCUGCUGGCACUGCGAGCUGUGUGACGGCUACCAGUACCAGCUGGACGAGUUAAACUGUGACUCCUGCCCCUUCGACAUGAGGCCCCUGAAGAACCGCACAGGCUGCCGACAAACACCCAUUAUCAAGCUGGAGUGGAGUUCCCCCUGGGCCAUCAUCCCUGUGUUCCUGGCUAUCCUUGGCAUCCUGGCCACCUCUGGAGUCAUCAUCACCUUUAUCCGCUUCAACGACACCCCCAUCGUCCGUGCCUCUGGCCGGGAGCUGAGCUACGUGCUGCUGACGGGCAUCUUCCUCAUCUAUCUCAUCACCUUCCUGAUGAUCGCCGAGCCUGGUGUGGCGGUGUGUGCCUUCCGCAGGCUGCUGCUGGGACUGGGCAUGUGCAUCAGCUACUCGGCCAUGCUCACCAAGACCAAUCGUAUCUAUCGCAUCUUUGAGCAGGGCAAGAAGUCUGUCACGCCCCCCCAGUUCAUCAGCCCCACGUCUCAGCUGAUCAUCACCUUCAUCCUCAUCUCGGUGCAGGUUCUUGGAGUGUUCAUCUGGUUUGCCGUGGAUCCCCCACACACCAAUAUAGACUAUGAAGAGCAAAGACCACCCAAUCCAGAGUUUGCCAGAGGGGUCUUAAAGUGUGACAUGUCCGACCUGUCCCUGAUCUGCUGCCUGCUCUACAGUAUCGUACUGAUGGUGACCUGCACAGUUUAUGCCAUCAAGAGCAGAGGAGUACCAGAGACCUUCAAUGAGGCCAAGCCAAUUGGCUUCACCAUGUACACUACCUGUAUCAUCUGGCUGGCUUUUGUGCCUAUCUUCUUUGGCACAGCACAAUCUACUGAGAAGAUGUUCAUCCAGACCACCACCCUGACGGUGUCCAUGAGCCUUAGUGCCACCGUGUCCUUGGGCAUGCUCUAUAUCCCCAAAGCAUACGUCAUCAUCUUCCACCCUGAGCAGAAUGUGCAGAAACGCAAGCGCAGCUUCAAGGCUGUAGCGCAGGCCGCCACAGUGUCCACCCAGCUGUCUCAGAAGUCCAACGACAAGCCAAACGGGUCUAAAAUAGAGCCUGACAGAUCACAGUGA